AGUGUCCGGGUAGAAACUAACCCCACUGCGCAAGCGGCCCCACCCUCCUAAACUCUCUCUCAUUAUCGCGCCUAACCUGCCGAAGCCCUCAGGCCCCGCCCGCUCUCUCGAGUUUGCCAGGCUCGCGUCGCUGGGGUAGGACUUGGGUGUGUGUGGAGGGGGGGCUGUCUAAAGGGGAGGGCGCGGGGGACCCUUUAGGGCGACGCACCCCGCGCGGCAGAUGGAAGGUAAAGCUAUCCUAGAGUCCGCCGGCGCUGAUUCGUCUCCAGCACGAGGGUAAUGUAAGAUGGGGCGAAGGAGCAUUGGGGAGCCCGGGGAGGGGAGACGGUGCUUGCGGUAAGCGCAGGCUGUGGGGGGAGAUGAGUUUGUGGGGAAAGGAAGGGCGUGGGAGACCCUAGGGCCCUAGGCGCUGAACAGGGUUGCCAUCUUCUUCAAUCAGGACUGCGCCUGUGCCUUUAAUAGCGGCUUCCCCAUGGUAAAUCUGCAAGGUGGAGCUUCUCUUAACGGGGAGAGGAAAUCCCGCGCGAGAGCUCUGGUUGCAUGGAUUUCCAAAGCAACCCGGGGCAGGGUUCUUCUUAGGGGCGUAGUUGGACCCAGGGGUAGGUGGCCACCCUGGGGUGAAAGGGAGAGGGAGAAAGAAGCCAGGAGGGGGCGCCAAUGGGUUCCCUGCUUAUGAGUUCCCUGCUGACUUCCAGCGCUGCUCCUCUAAGGAGGAGGGAAGGUUGGAAGCAUGACCUUGGCUGGCUCAAAAACUGACACUACAUGCCCUUCCCUUUGGGGAGGGACCUAAGCAGCCGUGGGGUCGGGGGCUUGCAUCUGGGAAGCCUGAACUCAAAUCCCACCUUGGGUACGCUGCAUAUCUCUGUAUUUCAAAGCCUCUGCCUUAAAAAUAAAGUCAAACAUGAUAUCACUGAUUCAGACAAUUAUGGGUGAAAAAUGUGUACCUGCUGCCAUAUCAUAGCUGUGGUUAGGGAGUGUGUGGUGUUGCACAUGUGUAUUACAUUUUUUACAUGUAAAGGGAACCACCACCCCCAACUUGUGAAAGAACCCAUACAGGGCUGCCAGAAGAUAAACUUGAUAAAGAUGAUAAGCAUUCCCAUUUAUUUGGCACUUUAAAAAUGUAUCAAUAUUUAUUUGAUAUCUGACCUUUUUUCAUCAUGGAACUCAAGGCAGUAUGCAUGUGGUUCUCAGGUAGUUACUCAUCCAAGCCCGAACCUGCUUUGCUUCAGGAAGGUGGUGGCCUCACAUGCCUUGAGGCCACACCCUGAGACCUGACUGACAAUUGCUGUCCCACAAUUGCACAUACUUUUCUUUCUGUGCAUAACCGUAUAUUACAGCAGAGUUCUCGCAUCGUAUUUCUUAGUUCAUUUGGGGUAUUUAUAUUCAAUAUUUGUAUACUGCCUUCCAUAUAUAAUAACCAAAUUGUGCACAAGAGUACAAGAGGAUUACAAAAUUUGGAAUAAAACAGCAGUUGCUAGGUGGGUAGUUAAAAUAAUUCAAAUGGUAUUAGUAGCCAGCAAAGGCUUCCAAGAACAUAUAUUCCCCCCCAAAAAUGAACAAGAUUUAGGCUGCUGUGUAUUACAUUUCAGGCAUAAACAUUUCUGAAUGAUUGUUGAUGUAUACAUCUUGUGUUCACUUUAGGUGGCAGUUAUCUGAGCGCUAAAAUAUGGCUGGACAAAUAUCAGAAUCUGAUCAGAUCAAGCAGGUAAAUGCUGUAGCUCCAAAGGGUGCUUUUGAAAUGUCGGUGUACCUAACACUUUGGCAAUUUGUGUGGUUUUAAUAGCUGUAUGUAAUAAUGUAUUUAUCAGCACAGAGCUGAUGCUCAUUAUAUGCUAUGUUAAGUAUAUUUCCCUCGGAUGCAUGUUGCCCCUGCCUAAAUCCUUGUGUGCUAAUUCUUCAAAUAAAGCAGGAGUGAGGAACCUUUUGGGCUCCACAGGCCAGGUCUUUAUCAGGAUCGGCCUGUCAGACCAAAUUUGACAGGUGACUACCCAACUGUCAGUCACAUGAUAUCAUUAUGCCAGCAAAUGAUUGACAGGUAAACAGCCCUUGUACACCUGUCAGAAUCCCUUGCACCUACUGCUGCUGUAGGGAAAGUGGGAAUUAAGUUCUGGUGCUUUGCCAAGUAGCAGAAGGCGUUUGGGAACCCUGCUGGCUUCCUUUUCUACCUUAUAAAGUGGGGACAAGACCAGACGCUUUCUCUCUCCCCUAUUGGGAGACAAGAGAGAUAGCUCUACCCUGUGGAGGAAGGGAAAGAAAGGCUUUUCCAAGUCUUGCUCCUUCCUCCAUUAAGUUCCCCAAUAUCAGGGACUUGAAGCAGGAGGGGGCAGAUGGGGAAAAGGCUUUGCGAGCCUCCCCCUCUUCCCACUUUUAAGUUUCCAGCAUUGGGGACUUGAAGGAUUAGAUGAGGAGACUUGUAAAGGCUUUUCCAAAUCUCCCCCUUCCUUCUCUGUGUCCAGUGUCAGGAACAUAAUGGAAAAGGGAGGAGACUUGAAAAAAGCUUUAAGAUGGCCUUUUAGCAAAUAGUAGCUUAUGAGCUGUCUUAAUGCCUCUGCCAAAAGCCUUUUUGAAGUAUCUCCCAUGCAUGAGCUGCUACAAAAGGUGCUUUUGCACAGGGCUUGAAUCACCAUUCAGCUGAUGAGUAGGGAUUAAAUCCUUCUGCCUUGGCUGUGCAAACCUGUUCCUUGCCAAAAAUACUAUCAAGCAGCCAAUGCAGGAUUAAACCUGGUUCUCACGCUCAUCUGCUGAUGUCACCAGUGAUGUCAGCUAAUGGGCAGGUGUAUAUGGUGUGAAGAAAAUGGCAUCCCAGGCCACGAUUGGCCCACAGACAGAGAUUCCCCACCCCUAAAAUAAAGGAUCUGCCUAGUUCUGAAGAUCUCUCUUGAUUUAUUAACAGUUCAAGGAAUUUCUUGGGACAUAUAACAAAUUGACAGAAACCUGCUUCCUGGAUUGUGUGAAAGAUUUCACCAGCCGAGAAGUCAAGCCAGAAGAGGUAUGCAGCUAUUCUAUGCCCUUUGGACUUGUACCUGGUAGAACUUCAGUGUAAAUUUGCACGUUAAUCAAGAAAGCUAGCUAAACCAAACAUUUCAAAAGAGAUGUACAGUGGUGCCCCACAAGACGAAUGCGUCGCAAGACGGAAAACCCGCUAGACGAAAGGGUUUUCCGUUUUUGAGUUGCUUCGCAGGACGAAUUUCCCUAUGGGCUUGCUUCGCAAGACGAAAAUGUCUUGCGAGUCUUGAGAUUUUUUUUUCGCUUUUCCCCCUCUUUAUCUAAGCCGCUAAGCCUUUAAUAGCCUUUUAGCAGCUAAUCCGCUAAGCCGAUAAGCCUUUAAUAGCCGCUAAACCGCUAAUAGCGCUAAUCCGUUAAGCCGCUAAUAGGGUUGCUUCGCAAGACGAAAAAACCGCUAGACGAAGACACUCGCGGAACGGAUUAAUUUCGUCUUGCAAGGCACCACUGUAGCUCUUCUGUUUGUGUGGCUCUCAGGUCAGAUAUUAAUUGGAUUGAAUAACAAUAAAAGGGCCCUGCUGGAUCAGUCCAAGGGUCCAUGAUAUUCACUCACACAGCUCCCUUAUUUGUUAAAUGCUAGAGUGAAUGACAAAAAAGAUUCAAAAGAUUGAAGCCCUACAAAAUUGUUAAUGGCACAUUGUCAUCAAACACUGGAAGGCAAAGAAAGCACUGAACGACAGAGACAGAUAAACGUUAUGUAUUUCCCUAAUGUGGGUUUGUUUCGAAACUGAGUCAAUGUUGUGUUAAAAUUCUAGCUCAGUGCUAAACUAAAAAGGGGAGCUUUGGCAAAGUGGUACAUAUUUGUGUUCAGUUUUCCCAUUUUCCCAGAGAAGCAGUGUAUUUAACCCUCAAAGUUUAUUAUACAUUUUCAUUAUGUUAUUAGUAUGUCUUAAAAUUGCCAUGGGAAGAUAACUUCAUAUAGGGUAAGGUUCAAAUGUGAAAACGCAAAUGAUUUCCAUGUUCAAAUUACUGAAUUUUUUUUUAAAUGUGAGUGACUACAGGGUUCUUCCCAUCUCUCCCUUCUUGAUAUAGAUGACUUGCUCAGAGCACUGCUUACAGAAGUAUUUAAAAAUGACCCAGAGGAUAUCUAUGAGGUUUCAGGAGUACCACAUUCAGCAGAAUGAAGCGCUGGCUGCCAAAGCAGGACUUCUUGGCCAGCCUCGCUAAAAGGCAGGGGCUGCCUUUGUGAAGGAGUGCCAACGUUGAUUGCAUUGCACACAAAGGUGCAUUGGUCCCCACCGCUGCUGCAGCAACAUCCACCAGCUCAGAACAGAAGAGCUCAGGAAACAACUGAACUGUGGAAACCACCAGGAGCUGCAGUUGGGGUUGGCAGUGGCUGCAGAGCUGAUGGAGUCUGUUCCGAGAUUGUCUUCUAUUGUGCAUUGAAAUAAUGUUGAUACCACCUUUUUUCUGGAGGCUUACAGAUUUGCUUCUGACCGUCACUAGGUUAAAGAUGGGGAGGGAACAACUACAUUUUAGUUUUUGUUGUUUCUUAAUGACUUAAUUUUUAAUACACAAGCGUGUUGUCCAAAAAUUAUAUCCCAAAGUGUCUAAAGCAAGGU